ACUACUCUAAUCAAGAUGUCUCAUACUGGCAGAAAUGAUACUCAGACAUUCCGUGUGAAUGUGCGCCUGCAUAGAUUCGGGGCUAAAUUCUCGGGCACCUUUCCAGACUUAAGUCGUCCUGAGCCCAUUGGCGUCUAUAGCGUUAACGAAUCACGAGAGUUCGAGGACAAUGCCAAGAAUUUGAGUUUCCUUUGGUUGCCACAUUCUAGCGAAAUGCCACUAGAUCUCAAUUCUGGCAUUGAAAAAGUGCAGCGCAAAAGCAUUGAUCCUGACUAUCUCGAUAUAUGUCACAUCUGUCAGUUCAUUUCUAAUCAUCAAGAGUAUCUACGCACCUCUUCCACAGGGCAAAUGGAACUGCUUGCAGAUUUUGUCACUUUACGUGGUGUUCUUCGCCAAAUUAUGUGCACACCAUACCAAAGGAAUCGUGACUAUCGACUAAUGGCAACACGCCUAAACGGCACCACCUACAUAUCCAAAGUAGAAACUAGUGACCAGCGAAACCAAGGAGAGCAGAUGACACGCCGUGAAAUGGACAUGUGCUCAUGGGGCUUUAAGUUUGAACAGUAUUGCACAACGUCCCAUCCAGACAAAGCACCGGCUACAAAUGCACCUGUUAAUGAAUCCCAAGAGUUCGCAUGUGUCUACCGUUGCAAAUUAAAUGGCCUGCGUCUAAUCUAUGGCGCGGAGAUGGACUGCAUUAAAAGUGACGUCUGUAUCGACCUAAGCGAUCCGGAGCAGCUACGCUUGGCAGAGUUUGUAGAGCUUAAAACAUCUGCAUACAAAAUGACCCACAGGCAACAGCAGAACUUUGCUAAUUACAAGAGUCUCAACUGGUGGAGCCAAUCGUUUUUGGUUGGCAUCGAGACGAUUAUAGCUGGAUUGCGGGAUGACAAUGGACUCGUUCACGAUAUUAAAGAGUACAGCGUGCGCGAACUACACCGACACAAGCCUUGGAGCCCGGCAGCCACAGGCACAUUCCUUUCAAACUUUCUGCACGAGCUCAAGGCAAUAAUGCAUCGUAUUAAUGACUCAAACGCUGUUGUUAUGAUCCACUACAAACCGGAUCUGAAUAAGAUUCAAUACUCUGUGCUACGCGGUCCAAAUGUGAAGCCCAUAUUGCCUGAAUGGUAUCGCCAAAUGAUGCAAGGUAUCUAAAUUAGCGUUGUUGGUUCAGUGUAAAAGUAUAUUAGCUUAUAUAUAAUAUAUUUUCUUAAAUCUAA